AUUGGAGUAACCGAGCCGAGUCGGAGAUAAACGAACUUUGGGGCGGGCAAUCACUGUGGAUUUCGGUAGAUACCGACUGUUGUCGACUCAAUACGACGUUGAACGAAGCGAAAACCGACUGAGUCCGAACGACACUGUAGCACAGCGGAAAGCAGUGCGUCCGAAUCUAGUGCCGUGGUGGCUGGGUUACUGUGUUGUCUCUGUGAAGUUAUACAUGUUUAGUGCGUGUGUUCUCUUGGAAUUUCAGGAUAACCAGUGAAUAAAGUGUGGAAACUAGAUUCGGAAGUGAAUAAACUAAAGAUUGGAAAAUAAAGCCACAAGCAAACGACACAAAAUAAAUAUUUAUUAGAUUAUAAAACCUGUCGAGUUGUGGAAAGCUAGCAAGAGACCGCGACGGCCAUGGCUCGCCGUCGCGAGGACACCGACGACGGUGAUUAAAGCGUCGACGGGUGCGGUACCAGAAUGAAAAAAGCUAGAUAAAUAAACAAAAUAACUUCAGCAAGAAUUAUUCUUCAUUUUAAAACCAAUAUUUAACCAAAUGCAACAAUUAGUAACGCUAGUUUUUGCUUUCAUCUUUAUCGAGUCGUAGAACUCUUGGAUAAUAAGUCGGUAAAGAGUGAAAAUCACUUAAAAACACAAGGAUUACUUAAGAGUAAGUAGUGAAUUGAUGCAGUUUUAGAAGUGUACCAUUGUGAAAUGUUUUUUAAAAAUCACGUUAAAUUGAUAUGUAUACUGAAAAGUAUACAUAAGUUUGUCUAGAAAUAAGUCGUGUUACAGACUUGGAAGUUGGAGUCUUCUAGUUGGUCGAAAAGUGAUAAUAAGCUAGACGUGCAAGUGAAGUCAGUGUUUUUAGUUUUGUAAGAAUCAUCAUACAAUUGACUUUAAUUAGAGAGACAUAGCAAAACUUAUCCUCUAAGAGGAUACACCCGAAAUAGAGGGAAGAUGAGCGCGCCAAGAAAAUCGACGCCCGAUCCUUAGCUCAUGUUGAAAGUACAUUUUACUUUUUUUUCGAUUUCUUCUUUGUCUCCAAAAGUACCUCAACCUUGUGGAGGUACCUAUAUAUAUCGUUAACAAGGCUUAACGGUCAAAAUGCAAGUAGCUACGUUGUUCAGAGAGAGUGCUACUCUGUUGGGUGCCUCUAGUCUUGAUCCACCCCAAACUCAUCACCAAACUCUUCAACAACAACAACAGCAACAUCAAAAUCAACAAAUUCAACAACAAAUACAACAGCAAAACAUGGAUAUGCAUCUCCAUCAUAUGCAGCAUCAUUAUAAAAUGUCAUACCCAUCUCCAGUGCAAAAUGGUGUACAAAAUGGUAGUACAAUCAACUGUUCUGGUUCUCAAGGGUUAAUGGUGAAGCAGGAAGCCAGAGAUGAUGGCUAUGAAACAAGUCCAGACCUGGAGAUGAGAAGCAACGGGGGUGAUAGUAGUCAGCAGUACCAUACUCCACUGACGCCGCAUACACCCCACACACCUCAUACGCCUCAUACACCACUGACGCCAAUAUCGGCAACGCCGCAUCAGCCCCAACAACCGAGCUCUACUGGGGCCACAUUAGGACAGGUAACAAUAAAAUGUGAAACACCAGUGGAUCCCUAUUCCUUCGUUGAUGAAGAGAUGUCAAUGAGUGGUGGAAUUAGAACAGCAAGUAGUCCUGGAGAAAAUCCUGAUGGCAUGACUUGUUCUACGAGUAAUGCACAAAGUAGUGGUCUUACUACUCCUUCUUCAGCAUCUACGAGUCCGAUGCCCAAUCAACAGCAACCACCACCUCCUCUACCACCUCUACAACAUCCUCAUCCUCAAGCUCAUCAACAUCAACAACAACCACAACAUUCUCAGCAUCAUCCAAUGGGAAUGAUGAUGAAUGGAUCUCUUAAUCCACAUCAGAUGCAACACCAACCUAAAAAACGAGGCCGUAAGAAGAAGUCUGAAAUGAUCCUCACACCUGAAGAGGCGGAGUUGGCUGAAGCGAAGAAAAAAGCUAAAACCUACAAGGAAAGAAAAAAGCAUGAUAGGUUUGAUGGUAUGCCUGAAGAAGAAGUUAGUAAGAGGGUAUUACCUGAUCAUCUCACCAAUAAUCUUGACAUAAUAAUUAUUGGUAUAAAUCCUGGGCUUUUUGCUGCGUACAAGGGCCACCACUACGCCGGACCAGGAAACCACUUUUGGAAAUGUUUACAUUUAAGUGGUUUGACGCCAGAACCACUUACUGCAGAUGACGACUACAAACUCCUACGCCUUGGAAUUGGUUUCACUAAUAUGGUUGCACGUGCGACCAAAGGAAGUGCCGAUUUAACGAGAAAAGAGAUAAAAGAAGGUAGUCAUUUAUUGCUGGAAAAGUUAAAAAAGUACAAGCCAAAAAUAGCAGUAUUUAACGGGAAACUUAUCUAUGAAGUGUUCUCGGGGAAAAAAGAGUUUGGAUUUGGUAGACAACCGAGCUUAGUUGAGGGAACAAAUACGUACAUGUGGGUGAUGCCAUCAAGCAGCGCCAGAUGUGCACAAUUACCCCGCGCAGCAGAUAAGGUGCCAUAUUACGCAGCUUUGAAAAAAUUCCGAGACUAUUUAAAUGGCACAAUUUCACAUUUAGACGAAUCAGAUAUCGUAUUUGCAGAUCCGAAAAUUCAUAAAAAGAAAGAACUUGAAGCAUUAGAGGAUAAAAAAUCUACAUAUGGUGAUGAUAUGGACGGCGAAAACAGAAAUUCUGAUUUAAGUGAUUCUAAACAAGAUCAAGGAUUAAUUCCUGGAAAGAAAAAAAGAGGAAGACCGAAAAAGAUCAAGAAUCCCGAUGAACAGCCGUUACCAGACUCUGAUAAAUUAGACGCCAAUGGAGAAGUCAUUAAGAAACGUCGUGGACGACCUAAAAAAAUUCAUCAACAGCAGAAACAACAGGAGAGAGAGGUGAGAGAACGUGAACAAUUAAUACAUCAACAACAGCAACAGCAGCAACAACAUCUUCAUCACCAUCAUCAUCAUCAUCAUCAUCAUCAACAACAACACCAUCAAGGAAUGGUACAUCUUAGUGAUGGAUAUGGAAAUGUCUCUAAUUGUUUUUCACCUUCGUUAAUGACACCUCCAAAGCCUUUUGCUCAUAUGGCACCGUAUUCGCAACAAGAAUCGAAUUUUUUCUCUCAGGGUAUGAACGACGGUGGCCCAUACAUGAGUGCAAAGCAAAGUCCUAUUCAUCUUCAACAGCAUUACAGCCAAAGCCCAAAAUCAAUGUCUCUGUCGUUCACUCAUUCCGAUCUAUCAUCAGAGAUCAAUACUGCCAUGUCUUCGGAAAACAAUCUCGAGCCAUCGCCAUUAACUUCUCCAAGUGUCGAACACCCGGAUUUUGAACCACCAACCAGCAUGGCUCAAAAUCUUAAUAGCGAUCACCGCGCGUACAAUCCAGCGGGUACGACAGAUGGCUCAGUCCCACAUGGUAGUAAUCCAGGUACACCAUCACACUCAAAUUACACAAGUUAUAUGGGUUUCCAUGAUCAACAAACUCCUGAGCCUCAUAGCGGGCAUCCACAUCAGACAACGCCAACGGGAAUGAGCCAAGGUGCUGAUGAUGGACACUCUCAUCAAUCUCACCAAACACCUCCGUUAAGUCAUCCUCAUACACCUACGCAUGCGUCAAUGUCACCUCAUCCACAUGAACAAUACGGUAUGAAGACGAAUUCUGGACAAGAUGUUGCAUCAAAGAGCUUAAGCGACCUUGAGUCUCUUGUUGAUCAAAUUCCAAGCAUAGCUGAUGGGGGUAAUCAACGCUUACAUUCUGGAAUUUCUGAUGAUGGAAUGGGUGACAAACUUGAAUCACAUCACCAGUCGUACUUGUCGGGUUUCUCUGGUCCUGGAAUGAAUGCUAACUACAGUCCCCCUUUAAGUGGAGGAGGAAACUAUCCCGGAUCACAUUUGUACUCUUUAGGAGACAAUUAUGGUUCAGUUUACGGCAUGAAUAGCCGUGAUGGUCAACAGCAACAGCAACAUUCACAGCAGCAGCAACAACAACAACAACAGCAGCAGCAGCAACAACAACACAGCAAAUCCUACACUGUAGAAAAUCUAGCGUCCAGUAAUUACACACCGAGCAUGAGCCAAUCUGGGAAUUCUUACUCAAAUAUUAUCCCUGGCCCUCAUUACCCCGUACCGCCAAUGGGACCCACUAAUGGUUAUCUAUUUGGAGGUCUAGAGUCUAGCCUUAUGCAACGUACUUAUGGAAUGGGUGGAAUGAGCGGAAUGAGUGGAAUGCAUCCAUCUUUAGGUCACAUGGCUAAUCCUUAUCCUUAUAAUACAUCCUAUUCAAGUUCCUUCGAAUCAUACCCAACACCUCCAGCUGGUAUCCACGCACCUAGUCCUAAUUAUCCUGGUGGCUAUGGCGUGACCGGUUCUACUGGAAGUCCUGGAAAUUCUGCAUCACCUCCCUACCUUCAAUCUCAUCACAGGCCACCCGUUGACCUCGCAUAUGAUGGCGUAUGAUAAUCAAUGUAAGCGUGACACAUAAAAUUUACGCUGAAUUACUACCUUUUUUUUACGUAUUUUUACACUCUAGAGUUUUCUUGGCAUGCCUGAUGCACCCAAAAAAACUUGGCAUUACGGCAAAUUUUUACAAGCGCGUCGCCGUUUUUGCUAGACAAUAAAAUUUUUAUCAACUGUAUAAUGAAAUUGUUUUAAAUGAUAGUUGAAAAAAAUGUCAUAUUAAUUAUAAUAAUAAUAAUAAUAAAUAAAUAAUAAUAAUAAUAAUAGUAAUGAUAAUGAUGACGAUGAUGAUGGUGAUGAUAAUGAUAAAUAAAUAAAUAUGAAUUACUAAUGAUUAAUUAAGAGUAAAUGAAUAAUAACAGUCUGUAAUUACGGCGACGCGAUUAGAAUUAAUCUAGUCCACCCGCAACGAAUAGUGCUUUCAGUUGAAUCAAUCAUGCCGGGUUAUAUCUCGUUGAUUCACGACUCGGCACUCGGAGAUCGGCGAAUAAAAUGAUUCGGGUAACUAUUCGACUUAUCAUUAUGCUCAAAUUCAAGUUUAUCAAUCAAUACUCAUCGUAUGGCCUAUUCGUAUUUAUUAGAUUUUAAUAAAAGUUUUUCACAAUUCAUAUUUUAGCUUGUAUUUAAUCAUUUGGAAAAUUCCAUUUAUUUUAUUGCAUAAAUAUUCAAUAAAUUAUGAAGAUGAAUAUGCUUAUUCAAUCAAAUAAAUACGUUUAAAUGAACUAUAAAUAUUGUGGAGACUUUGAUUAAAAUCUAAUCCUAUAAUAGACACAAUUAAUAAAUGAGAAUACUUUAACUUAAAAUUGUUAUAAAUGAUAAUGGCCAGUAAGGUGCUAUAAUAAACGUGCAAUUUGUACCGUACGUAUCCUGACUUAGUUGUUGUUGAUGUUGUUGUUGUUGUUAUUGUUGCCUUAGAUUAACUUCAUUGUCAUUAAUUAUUAUAUUUACAAACUGUGAAUGUGAUUUGUGCAUUCCGAAUAUUUUGCCGGUGAAAAUAAAAAUGUGGAGUAUUAUAUGAUAUUAUUAUGUACAUACAAAGAUCAUCGUAGAAUACGUUAUGAGUUCGUUGAGGCUACGUGAUACGUGGUUUUUUGUGUUUUAUUUUUUUUUUCUAUUAAUCAAUAAGUUAUUCUACAAGUCAGGAAUCCAGUAACAGAAAAAAAGUUAAAAAAAAAAAUAAACAUAAUCUCAAAAAUACGAAUAAUACGUUGAGUAUGAAAAUAUAAUAGUAAAAAUUAAACAUAGAAAUGAAAUGAUAUCGAAUGAACCUUGUUUCAGUGUUGUUAUUAUUUCGCCGAUCUCCGUUAAUCACUGGCGGUCGUUGUACAUACAAUUAUAUUAAUGAAAAAAAAACAAAACGAAUUUUCAUCGGUGUUGUUAUCAUUGUCAUUGACAAUUUAUAAUUAUGAAAAAUACAAAAAAAAUAAUUAAAAUAAAUUUGCCAUUGCUAAUUGCCAUCUUCAUUAUUGUUAUCAUACUGGUUUAUUCUAAAUUUUACUUAUAUUUUAAAUACAGACAAAUAUAUUUGUACAUAUAUUUUUUUUUAAUUUUUCUAUUUUACAAUAGGCGAAAAGUCACGAAAGAAUAAUAAUAAUAAUAAUCAUAAGAAAAAAAAGAAAACAAGCGAGAUUAAAUAUAGAUUUUUUUUGUAUUUAAUUUUUCUUAGAUAAUAGAGAAAUAGUGGAAAAGUAGUGAGAAUGAUGAUGACGAUGAUGAAGAUGAUGCAUUGAAACGAUGUAAUAGAGUUGCGUUAUGUUACGUUUAUGCCAUAAUUAAUAUUCUAUUAUGUUUUCACAGUUGAGUAUGUAAUGGUGAUUAAAUGACUGAUGCAUGGCAUAUAUUAAUUAGUAGAUAAAACAAUAGGGCAAUGAAGAAUAAUAAGAGCAGAUGAGAUAAAUCGCAGAUAAAUCUAGAUUACGUUGACACACCGAUACACCUUUGACGCUAAUAUGCUGCUGUAAAAUGAUGCAUCAGUUUUACUAUACAUAUAAUAUAUAAAUAUAAAAAAAAAUAUAAAUAGAUAUUGUGUAAUGAAAUAAAAAAAACAAAAAAAUAUAUAUAAAUAUAUACAUAUUACAGAAUAACUAGCCAAUAUGAAAACAAAUUAACAAUUGUCAAAUAAUCAUCAUAGAAUGUGUCGACAGAUGAAGGAGGCGUUGCACAGGGUAUAGAUUGAAGUCGUUGAUGCUAUAUAACUGCUGUCUAUAUUAUAUAUAAGUAUAUAGAUGUUUCUUUCAUUCUAUCGGCCUCAAUGAUUGAAAAUCAAUCGACAUCUAUUAACUAUUUGAUGUUUUGAUAAAGAUCGUGUCCAUUUACGAUCUCUACAGAAUUAUGUGAGUGUCAUUAAAUGUUAAUUAUUCAACAUAAUGGAAAUUACCAUUACUUAUUGAAUAAAUAAUGCGAACUAUCGCCCAGUUAUUUUAUCAAUAAACUCAUUGAUUGAUCAAUUAAUCGGCUGAAUAAAGAGAAUGAUUUAAUCAGCGACAACUAAAUCAUUGUAAAUUAAUAUAUAAUAAAUACAAAAAUUAGUUAUUAAGAAUACAGUAAUUAUAUUAUUAUUAUAUUAUACAGACAGAUCAAUGAAUCGCUGUUGCGCAUCGAGUUUUAUCGUGAGAAUAAGUGAAUCAGAGAGUUUGGGCCAUGUUUUCGGCCAACAACAUAUUUUUUAAUCACUUUUUCAAAUUCUCUCAUUUUAAUGUUCAAAAAUAUCUUGAAUGCUACUAUUCUAUUUCCUUUACCUAAUGAAUACUGUACUUUACAAUUUACAAUUAGUCGUAUAUUUUACUCAUCUGUAGACUGUUCAACGGCCGUUCGAAUGAUCUGAAUAUCUUUAUAACUAUUCGAUUUAAUCAACCACUUUCAUUAAUUGUCGAUCGCAGCUUCAGUGUCUGCUAUCGACUCUAAAUUUCAGGGUAUACAUCAACUUUCAUGCUGUCUUCAUUAUCAUUUAUAAGAAAUUCGUCAUUAAUAAAUGAAUAAAUUUAUCAUUGAAAUAAAUUUUAAUAUUUUCCAUAGAUUGUUUACUUACAAAUAAUUAUUUCACUUGAUUAAAUCAAAUUAAUAUGAUUGAUUAUCUAUACAUAGUUUGAAUUCAUCCAUCAAUCUGUCCAAUUAUUGUUAUAAUUUUUUUUUAUAAAAUCGUAGUAAAUGAAUUAUGCUACAUUAAUUGGUAUGUAAAACAUUGAAUUUUUAACUUGUAUAAGUAAUUUUUGGUAGUGAACAAUUUAUGAUAAAAAAAAAAAGUAUGCAAGAGUGUGCAAGAAAAAAUGGAAUGGAGUUAUUGUCUGUUUAACGAUCAAUGAACAUUAAGUAGUAAAGAUUUUUAUGCUGAACAUACAAGUGUGUAUGUUUACUUGGUACAAAGGUAAUAGUCGAUCUUAAGUUACGCCAAAAUAAUUAUUAAUUAAUUAUGCGCGACUAUUUCCCUUUUGAUUCUUCAGUCACUAUAAAUGCAGGCUGUCCAUUAAAAAAAAAAAA